GCCGUCAUGAAGGCACUACGAGUUUAUAGUGAUGCCCUUUGGACUAACCAAUGCGCCAGCUACAUUCCAGCGCUGUAUGAACGAUUUGUUCAGGCCGUGGUUAGAUAGAUUUGUUAUAGUGUACCUAGAUGACAUUCUAGUGUUUAGUAAGACCCUCGCCGAGCAUCAGGGUCAUCUYAGGCAGGUCUUGGAAAAGCUGAGGGAAGCUAACUUCAAGAUCAAUGCAAAGAAGUGCGAUUGGGCGAAGACCCAAGUUUUGUAUUUAGGCCACGUCUUAGACGGAGAUGGCGUUAAGCCAGAGGAUAGCAAGAUCGCAGCGAUUAGAGAUUGGCCCACGCCACGAACGCUGACAGAGUUGCGCUCGUUCCUGGGCUUAGCAAAUUACUACASGAAGUUCGUGAGGAACUUCUCCACCAUCGCUGCGCCCCUUCGCAGAUUGCUAAGAAAAGAGACAAUCUGGAAGUGGGACAAGGACUGCACGUCUGCCAUGAAGAAGCUAAAGCAGGCAUUGAUAGAGUACCCGGUCCUUAAGGUCGCCGAUCCGUCCUUGCCUUUUGUCGUUACUACGGAUACUAGCCAGUACGGCAUAGGCGCAGUGUUACAGCAAGACGAUGGCAAUGGGUAUAGACCCGUAGAGUUCAUGUCCGCCAGAAUGCCUUCAGAGAAGGUCGCGACAUCUACCUAUGAGAGGGAACUUUACGCUGUCAGGCAAGCGUUAGACCACUGGAAGCACUACUUGCUUGGGAGGCACUUCAAAGUCUAUUCUGACCAUGAAACGUUACGACGGUUAAAGACGCAGGCCAAGAUGACACCUAAGCUUACUAGGUGGGCCGCUGAGAUAGAUCAGUACGACUUCGAGCUCAAGCCUGUCAAGGGGAAGUACAACGUAGUUGCGGAUGCUCUGAGUAGGAGGGCAGAUUACUUCGGGGCGAUAGUGCAUUACCUCGAUAUAGGGAAAGACCUGCAGCAAGAGGUUAGAGAAGCCUACACGCAGGACCCUAUCUAUGGUGAGCUCCUUAAGAAAGUCAAGGAGGCCCYAGAGACCGAGYCAAACUACCGCGCUGCUGAAGGGUUACUUUUUUAGAAGACUAAUGUUUUUGACCGGUUGUGCAUCCCCAAUAGCGAAAAGAUCCGUAGUCUGAUCUUGGGAGAAUGCCACGACACA